AUGGAAUCCGAGUUAGUAUUGCACAAUGGCAAUUGCCACUGUAAGAAAGUAAGAUGGAAAGUCCAAGCAUCUAUUAGUGUUAUUGCUUGGAAAUGUAACUGUUUUGACUACUCCAUGAGAGGGAACGUUCACUUCAUUGUCUCGCGUCAAAGGUUCGAGCUUUUGGGUGAUUCAGACCAAUUCAUUACUACAUACAUUUUCAGAACUCACACCACGAAACAUACAUUCUCUAAGUUUUGUGGAAUAAGUUCAUUCUAUACACCAAAGUCGAACCCCGAUGACAUUGUUGUGACGCUCACAUGUUUAGACCCUAGAACGUUUUCCCAUGUUGAGAUUCGGAAUUUUGAUGGCAAGAAUUGGGAAAACUUCUAUAAUCAGAGUGGCAUUGCUUUACAAUCCAAAAUUCAUUCCACCAACUAG